CCGUCGCCACCAUGCCCAAGAGAAAGGCUGAAGGGGAUGCUAAAGGAGAUAAAGCCAAGGUGAAGGAUGAGCCACAGAGAAGAUCUGCAAGGUUAUCUGCUAAACCUGCUCCUCCAAAGCCAGAGCCCAAGCCUAAAAAGGCCCCUGCAAAGAGGGGAGAGAAGGUACCCAAAGGGAUAAAGGGGAAAGCUGAUGCUGGCAAGGAUGGAAAUAACCCUGCAGAAAAUGGAGAUGCCAAAACAGACCAGGCACAGAAAACUGAAGGUGCUAGAGAUGCCAAGUGAAGUGUGUGCAUUUUUGAUAACUGUGUACUUCUGGUGACUGUACAGUUUGAAAUACUAUUUUUUAUCAAGUUUUAUAAAAAUGCAGAAUUUUGUUUUACUUU